AUGGAGUCACAUAUUGCAAAUGUUGAGAGGAUAGUGCCUCAGGAGGAUAAGCCUGAAAGCUUUCAUAUUGCCAAAGCUCACGAUGCUGCUGAGAGAGGAUAUGCGGCAACUGAUCGAUAUGGCCAACCUCUCGUCGAAUUCGACGCCGCUGCCGAAAGACAUCUGGUGCGCAAAAUCGAUUUUUUCAUCAUUCCAACAGUUGCCCUGCUGUACCUCUUCUGUUUCAUCGAUCGUGCCAACAUUGGAAAUGCCAGACUCGCUGGCUUCGAGAAGGAUCUCGGUCUAACAGGAAACGACUACAACAUCGUCCUAUCCGUAUUCUUUACCUCAUACAUCGUAUUCGAAAUCCCGUCCAACAUGGCAUGCAAAUGGCUUGGUCCCGGAAAAUUCCUUCCAGCGUUGACCUUAGGGUUUGGUAUUAGCAGUCUCGGAACCGCCUUCGUCAACGAUAUUCACGCUGUUUCUGCAGUUAGAUUUUUGCUCGGUAUGUUUGAAGCAGGUUUACUACCUGGUAUUGCAUAUUACAUGUCGAGAUGGUAUAGACGCAGUGAACUCGCUUUCCGGCUAUCAUGCUACAUUGUCAUGGCUCCUCUGGCAGGCGCCUUUGGAGGUUUGCUGGCAUCGGCCAUCCUCAAGCUAGGAUCUGUCGGGAGCCUGCACACAUGGCGCAUGAUCUUUGUCAUUGAAGGUAUUAUUACCUGCGGCCUUGCUCUCAUCGGAUUUUUCACCAUGACCGAUCGACCAUCCACCGCUCGCUGGCUCAGUCAGGACGAAAAGGACCUUGCUAUUGCGCGCCUUAAGUCUGAGCGUGUCGGCGUAACUGAAGUUCUUGAAUCACUUGAUAGCCGAAAAGCGCUUCGUGGAAUCUUUUCACCUGUUACCUUAAUGACUUCCAUGAUCUACCUCUUGAACAAUAUCACCGUCCAAGGACUAGCAGUGUUCGCACCAACCAUCAUCAGGACAAUCUACCCUUACGACAGCGUCAUCUCACAACAAUUGCAUACCGUGCCUCCUUAUAUUGUUGGAGCGUUUUUCACCCUUUUCAUUCCAUUCAUGAGCUGGAAAUUUGAUCGUCGCAUCAUCUUUUGUAUCAUCGCCUCUCCACUCAUGGUCAUCGGCUAUAUCAUGUUCCUCGGGUCUGAGAACCCCCAAGUCCGGUACGGCGCUACUUUCCUUGUUGCGUCUGGCGCAUUCUCCUUCGGGGCGCUCUGCAAUGCUAAUGCGUCUGCAAACGUUAUUUCCGACACUGCCCGAUCCGGUGCAAUUGGUACUGUUGUCAUGUUCGGUAAUAUCGGAGGCUUGAUUAGUACAUGGAGUUACCUCGCCUUUGAUGCGCCUAAUUAUCAUAUUGGCAAUGGGCUGAAUUUGGCUUGUGCUAGUGUUACUUUCUUGUUAAGUGUGGGGUUGUUGAUCUGGAUGAAGUGGGAUAAUGGGAAGAGGGAAAAGAUUGAUGUUGAUUCUGUGUUGGAGGGCAAGUCGAUUGAAGAGGUGCAGGCUAUGGAUUGGAAAAACCCGGCUUGGAGGUGGAGGUACUAA